AUGAUUGAAUCAGAAGACAAACAAAAACAAACGAAAUUACUUUUAAUUGGAGAAACAGGAAAUGGUAAAAGUUCACUUGGUAAUUUCAUUUUAAAGAAUGAUGUUUUUACAGUAAGUGAUAGUACAAUUUCAGAAACAAGAGAUGUUGUUGGAGAAAAUGGAAAAGGAGAUAGAAAAGAUUUAAUUGUUAUUGACACACCAAGUCUUCAAGAAUCAAAAGAAUUUAAUGAAAAGUUUUUGAAUAAUAUAGUUGAUAUUGUUCAAGAAGAAGAAGGAAUCAAUGGAAUUGUUAUUAUUCUAAAUUAUAAUACAAAUAGAAUUUCCAAUAACAUUAUAAUAAUGAUUCAAAUAAUGUCUAAAAUCUUUCCAUCACAUGACUUUUUGAAACAUAUCUGUAUUGUAUGGAAUAAAUGUUAUUAUUAUAUAUCAGAUAGGCAAUUACAAAUCCAAAAAGAAAUUAAAAGAAAUGAAUUUCUUCCAGAAUUACUGAGACGUACUGAAAUAAAUGGAACAAAUGAAAAUAUUGAAAUACCAAUGUAUUAUGUAGAUUCAGAACCAGAUGAAAGAUGUGAUAAUAGAAGAUCAGAAAAUGAAAUAGAAAGAUUAAUUGAAUGGGGAAGAGAAAUAACUCCUAUUAAUAUUGAUACAAGUAAUCAAGAAAAAACACCAGUCAUAGAAGAAAAAGAAGAAACAGAAUCAAUGGGAAAUAAUGAUAAGCAAAUAAUAACACAAGUCAAAAGGAAGAGAAGAGAAAUAAGAAUUGGUUUUAAUGGAGAAAUUAAAUAUGGUGAUUGGAAAUUAAUAAAAGUUAUGAGCAAUGAAAAACAGUCAUGGUUACCAAAAUUAACAAGCAACACAUUAAAAACAGCAGCAGUGGUAGGAACAAUAAUAACAGGAACAAUAAUAAUAGGAACAAUUAUAUUUUUUUUCGUAAAAGAUAAAUAG